GCCGUCCCACCCCCCCCCCCCUCCACAAUCUGCCCCCCACCAGACAGACAGAAGGACGCUUGUUCCGGGGAAGAGGUGCCGCGCGGGCCGCCAGUGUCUCCGCGGCGGCUUCAGCUCAUCACAUUCUUUAGUGACAAUCCAUCGAUCGGGUGAACAGGUCCGUCCUCUGCUCCCGUCCAGAUGUUUGUGAGGACGUCGAUGAAUUCCGAUUCCAUUCUCGAGCUCAGAGCGACAUGGAGUCCGACGGAGGCCUGAGCAGCAGAUGACCGGCCAGGAAGGGGUCAGCGAUGGAGGAUCUGCCCGUGAAAAGCGGAGGAAGCGGUGCAACAGUUGGACAAGGGCGGGACUUUCCUUUCUAGGAUGGUCAGGGACGACCUGGAGAGAACAGUGGUACAGAGCGGAAAACCCGACGGCGCAGCGGAGGCGCAGAGCCAAGGUCCACCCCCGGGGGAACCUGCGGCACCGCAACGAGCCCAGGACCCGGAGAGCGUUCAGACGGGGGCCCGGGAGCCCACGCACAGUCUGCGGUACUUACUGCUCUGGAAAGAACGGAACCCCCACGAGGAACCUGACAGCUGGAGCCAGCCAAUCCCCGGCGCUGACGCGGAGAGUUUCCCCACCCACCUCCGCCCGUUCAGCAGCGCGGCGGAGUACGAGCUGGUGAAACACACCCACCGGCAGCUGCAGCACAGCGGCUACUACUGGGGCUCGAUGACCAUGGAGGAAGCGCACGCAAUACUGGCGCGGACGCAGCCGGGCACCUUCCUCAUCAGAGACAGCGGCCAGACGGACGUCUUCUUCACCCUGAGUUACCAGAGCGACGACGGCCCGACCAGCGUCCGCGUGCAGCUCCACGACCUCCUCUUCGCCCUGUCGGGCAGCCACAAGACUUUUGCGUCGCUGUUCGACCUGCUCACCUACUACACCGGCUCGUCCUGCAAGCUGACGGCGCCCUACCGCAAGCAGCGGCCGGAGCGCCUCAACCAGAUGUGCAGGAGGGCCCUGGUGGUCGCGUACGGGGCGGAGAAGAUAAGCACCUUGCCCGGAAUCAGCACUCAAGUCAAAGACUAUGUGCGUGCCUACCCUUGUUGUGUAUAGACGCCUGUGUAUGACGAUGUUCUAAGUUAAAGGAAAUGCUCUUUUUUUAUGUCACAGACGCAGCGUGAGUGCUGCACGUUGUCCAUUUGCACACACUAUGUUUCACAGAUCACCCACGGUACACCGUCCACUAGCGUAUUCUGUCAAACUGCUGCAUCACUGUUGGUUGCAACACCCAUGAAUAUUUAACAUUUAUUUAACGUUGGCCAAAAGAAGCUGAGGUUUCAGCAGCUCAUCAUGACACAGUUUUUUUUGUUUCUGGCCACUGGGAGGUUGAUAUUUUCUCGCCUUUUGUUCUGUUUUGAAUGGAACCCUUGAGCCGCGGCGAUUGUAAUUAUGUUUUUAAUUGUGUAAUCUCCAGAUCGUGAAUGAAUUAUCUCGUUAUCUCUGGACAAAAGGGUUUUGAUCUCAUUAUUUUGGGAAAGGGUACUUUUCUCUGGAUAAUCUGAGGAAAAUACCUCAUUUUUACGAGUUGUCUUUUCUUUAGAUAAGUUAUGGAUGGAUCCCGAAUUGAAUGAAUCCAACCCAUUGAAAUCGGAUAACGUGUGUAGGAGCGGUCUUCAAUCCAUUAAUAUCGUAUAAUGCAUGUGAACCCACGGCUGAACCACUUCACUUGGUAAUGUUGACCCUCUGUUAGCAUGCUGACAUUAGCAUUGACUCAAAGCCAAUGCUACAACCUCGUAGAGCAGCUGGAACUCAUAAAGUCUGUACAAUAUUCCACUAGCUUUAUAAUAAACUGUUUUUGAUGUUGGC